UCAUUUUAGAAUGUUUCGCUUGACGUCAUAAUCUGUACGUUAGACGCAUUUCAGCGUUUAUUUUAGCGUGAUAUUUAUUGUUAAAGCUUUCUGAGUACGGCUUCAGCUUCCUUUUCAGCAUAAGAAGUGUUUCGUUUAUUUGCGCUCAGAUUUUAACAUGUCGUUACGUAGACAGUGGUCAUUCACAAUGCUGUCCUUGGAUGUGAUGAUUUUUGCCCUAUUGGUCUGGGCAACACAGCGGAUUGUUGCCUUCGACGCCUGUAAAAAGUCCGACGAAACCUGUAGUGCAAACCACAAUGAUUAUUCUGACUUUGUUGGACGCUACACAUUCCCAACAACUCCGAUUAGGGCCGUCGAAUGUAGAAGCGAAGAAGCCAUAGCAGAAAUGACUAAGGGGGUUCCAAUUGUUUUGAAGAACUGUCAUUUUGGUGAGAUCACACAGGGGUGGACAUUUGAAUAUUUGAAACAAAAUUUACUGUCACCUAAUCUCACAGUUUACAAGUCCCCAACAAGAAGAUUCUUAUUUUACAAUCGUGAGAACUCCAGGGAAAUUAUAGAAAAUAUAACAUGGAGUCCGCCACAUAAUGUGACUGAGAUGAGUUUUUUACAGUUCCUCAAUCAGAUUGACGAGCUUGAAAAAGCUGGAAAUGGCACAAAAGCAUAUUUGCAGAGCAGCCUUGAAAAGGAAUCUCUAAAUUCAGACAUGCAGGAUGAUGUGUUGAUGUUUAAUACGAAGUGGUUGAAAGAUAUGAAAGAGAAACUGUCAUGGGGUAGACUUGAUGUUAAUCUUUUCCUUAUUGGUAUGGGCGGAGUCGUAACACCCGCCCAUUACGAUAUUAUGGAGAACCUAUUUCUGCAGAUUCAUGGUAAAAAGCGAUGUAUUUUGUUCAGUCCAGAAAAUUACAAGUUCCUGUAUCCUUAUCCUGUUUAUCAUCCUCAUGAUCGUCAGACACAGGUGAAUUUCGAUUUUCCUGACUUUAAAAAGUUUCCAAAAUUCCGCAACAUCACUGGUGUUGAUGCUGUCGUUGGACCCGGUGAUGUCUUGUACAUUCCAAACUACUGGUGGCAUUACAUUGAGUCAGAGAGCGACAGAACCAUAUCUAUGAAUUUCUGGUACUUGCCAAAAGAUGCUGAAGAUGAGUUAGUGGAGGAUGCUAAAAUAGCUGCAGAAGAAGAACAAGUUGAGAGCAUUGGUAGCGAAAAAGAACCUAAUGGGAAAUCUGGGGAACAAGGGAAAGAAGACAAAAGUGAAAUAGAAGAUAAGGAAGAGAAAAUGGAAGAAGAGGGUGAAAAACAGUUCAAUAAAACGAGACCUGAUGCAUAUACUGCAGGAGAGUUGAUUGGGCUAUCGCGAGAUAUCGAGGCCAUGGUUGGAGAGGCGCUAAAUGAUGUCAAAAAGGUGGGUGCAUUUUUAAAAGAGUUGGUUGAUGGACGCUUUGACCACGUUUGAAACAAGACAACGAUACAGUUCCGGCUGUUAUCAUGCAGUUAGUAAAGAAAAUGCGUUAAAUAUGAAUUGCGUUUUAGUAUGCACCUUUACUCCAAUGAAACAAAAAGUGGUGUACUAGUACUGGAUUACUUUUUAUCAUUAUCGUGCAAAUGGUUGGUCGCCAUGUUAUUUAAACGUCGCAUUUUUGUCGCGUCGAAUGCAAUUCUAACACUAGAUAAUGAGAUGAUAAACCUCAUUGAGUUCAGUUACAUAUAUUCUCAUCUCCAAUAGGAGUGGCUCAUCAUCUCAUAUAUUGUGUCAAUUGCGUCGCGACCAAAAUGCGACGUAUAACUAGGCUAUAACUAAAGGCGUACAUUGUACAUAGAAGUAUCUUUUCAUGUAAUUUAUUAUAUGAUACUAUUGGUGUAAUUUACACCUCACAUUCCUUCCGUUAGUAUUUGAAUAUUUAUUAAAUGUGCGCGGGAAUGAAGGUCCUGUUACACGGUGCAAUUUUUCAUGGAACACGUCUCGCAAUGGCUUUGCGACGAAAGAUGUUGAAGAUCAUGCAUUUGGAUCACCAGGAGAGAAAAAUUUAAAAAUUUGAUUGCUCUAUAGAUCUAAUGCAGAGAUAUCCUUCAAAGAAUAAUUACUGACUUCGUUUUACAUGGGUUUGAAAAUGGUCGUAGCUAACAAUAGCUCAUGUGCUGAAAUUUGUAAACAGUUACGGAAAAUCU